AUGCCUUGUGAAAAGUGUGAAAAAAAAUUAAAAAAAUUACCUACCCCUGAUAUAAAUAACAGCUCAAAUAGAUCUAUUGGAGUAAAUAAAUUGCUGGAAUACCACAAUAAUAAACAAAAAUUUAACCCAAACAGUAGCAAAUGCAAAAAAUGCAAUAGUCAACUACAUUAUGAUGGGAAAUAUUGUUCAAUAUGUUCUUAUAAGUUAGGAAAAUGUCACUUGUGUGGUAAAACUAUAGCCGAUAAUUCUUCUCAUAACAUGUCAAUUAUAUAA